CUCAGCUGACACAAAUAGUUAAUUUAUUAUGAAACUUUAAGUCCAAGUUCAGAUAUUUAUGUUAAGUGAAAGACUGGGGUAUAUUAAAAAUGAUUGAUUGGACCACUGUAUCCAAUACCUAAUUAAAAUAUAAAACAUGAAUGCCAGGUCACAAAUUUUUGAGUUGUCUGUGGAGGGUCGACAAAUAGAAGAAGUUGUUCAAAGUAUAUUCCAUACAUUAUUAUUACAUAGGACAUUAGGAAAGUUUCAGUAUAAAGAAGAAGGUAGUUAUUCUAUAGGAACUAUUGGAAUAGUAGAUGAAGACUGUGAUUUUAUUGAUCUCACCUAUGUAAGAGUUGGGUCUGAAGAGUUAGAUCAAGCCAUCAAACGUGUAACAGCUUUAUUUAGAGAUUCGUUACGCAGUAGCGAUGGUGUACGCUCAGGACAGAUAUCAUUAGAGUUUUUUCAAAAGAAGCGAGCUCGUUGGCCAUUCCAAGCAGAAUGUAUACCAUGGGAAGUUUGGACUGUUAAAUUAGAUGUUUUAAAUCUUGCCAAUGAACAUGAGAGACAAGUUUGUAGGGAGAAAAUUGGUGAAAUUUUAUCAGAAAAAAUAUUAUUUGUAUCUGAAGUGAUGAACCGACAUGAAUAUGUUCCUAAAACACCCAAUCAAUCUGAGUUAGAUUUAAUAUUUGAUACAAGCUUCCAUGAUGUACAGCCUUAUUUAUAUAGAAUAUCUCACAGUACUACAGAACCUACAUCAACCUCAGUAGGAAUAUCGAUGAGGAAAUUUAUAAAAGAUACUUUAGCAUUGUGAUGAUAGACUUGGACUACAGGAUGAUCAACACCAGGCAUGCAUUACUAUACUUGAAGAUCAAGACUAAGACUGACGGAAUGUCGGUUUAGCUGUAUUUGCAUGUUCUGUCUGAUAAAUGCUCAAAUAUAUUUCAAUGUGAAUUUCACAAAAAUUGGCUAGUAUGGUGUUAAUUUUUGAAAAUGUCUGGGUGUAAAAAUGACCUAAAACUUUACCAAGAUAGAUGUAUUCUGUAAACUGAAAUAUUUUAUAUCACAGUUACGGUCAGCAUGUCACAUAUAUAAAGAUUUAUGACUUUUCAUGAAAGAAAAAGCAUAGGGUGUAGACUAUUUCAUUUGGAUUGCAUACCAGUACUGUGUAUUGUGCUGUGAAAUGUCGUUUUAAAGCAUUUGAAAUGAAGUUGUUACACAUGCAUACACGGAAUAUAUCAAUAAUAAUAGCUGUAUCAGGUUGGAUUGAAAUUAUAUGACAAGACUUUUAUUACUGUAUAUUUGCGAGUAUAGUGCGCAAGCAUUCAUAAUGCGCACCACUUACAUGCCUCCAAGAAAUCUCUGGAUUUUCAUUAGAAAAAAGAGUCACUUUAUCUUAAAUUUAUAACGAAUAAUGUCCUGCAGAAUCAAAACACAGGGGCGAUCUGAUAAGCUUUGGGCUCUCAGGUUUUACUGCCCCUCCCUCAACCAAUCCCAAAAUAUGCUCUCGAAACGUGUGCUCAUCCUAAUUCACUAUUGGAUUCGCACUAUGAUAUUUUUUCAAUAAGAUGUGUGGUGUGGUGUGGUGUUCAAUGCCCACCCCACGGUCCCCACUGGCGCAAUGGCUACCAAACAUAUUCCAUUUCUAGAUUCUUAUUGGGUGAGAUUAAUUUGCAAUAAUGACAAAUAGCAACUACAUUGUAGAUGUAAAAUAAUAUACUAUUCAAGCUUUAAAUACUUUGUAUAUUCUGUAAUAGAUUGUAUUUGUAAAUAGUGGAACUGGUAGUUUAUGUCAAUAGAUUCAUGGUGAACCGUCAUGUAAGGUCGUUGCACAAUCCUAGUUCAAAUGUGACAAGAGGAUUUGAAAUGAAUAGAGUUUUACGCCCCCCUUUUUGUAGGUAAAGGCGGGUAUUGUCAGGUUUAUAAUACGUAAUUGAAAAAUGACGACUUUAGUUGUCGAUUCAAAAGUGAGGUGUUUUGCCUCCAUUACUUAAGGCUAAUGUGAUCAUAGAGAUCUGGGCAUAUAUGAUUAACCUCAGUGAAUGCUGGUGAAGCCCACAUCAGUCCUUGAGCAAACCUCUGCUGUUGGUUAUUUAACAGAGAGUUUCAUAUAGAGUACUUGGAGGCACUAUGCAGAGCGAGAUUUGAUGUAAUCUUAGUCAGUUUGGUAUCAGUGUAAAGUCACGGUCUGGUGUGACCAUUUUUAUAGACAGUAGUAAUAUAUAAUAACCACGUGUAAAGACAAUAAUCGUGCUGUAUAAUGUUAUAAGAUGUAUAUUAAUUUAUAAUACUAUUGUAAUAAAUUAUUUGAUAAAUUUGUAUUUU